AUGUUAGCGUCCAGAGUACUGUGGCCGCUCGCUCUACUCGGCGCGCUUGCUGAGUCCACGGCACCCGCCGACCUGGCGCUGAGUGCUCGGUGGGCCGCCUGUGCCGGGGACAUUAUACUCCGGUACGGGCCGCGGGUCAGCCACCAGGUGAAUGCGUUCGCGCUCCAGCAGCGCGCACCAGGAGCCCGUUUCCAGCGCGACCUCUUCGAUCGCCUGCUGCCCCGGUUGAUGCAGCGCACCGGCACCGGCACCGGCUCGUCGUCGUCGCCCUUCACCGUAAACCUGGCACCGUACGAAGCGACCACCGAUUACAACUACCGGAACCUGGUGCUGAUAGUGCUCGACUCGUUGGCCCAGUUCACGGACGAGUACGUGCCGCGGUUGGCGACGAAGAACGUCGAGUUUUGGGGCUACUUUCUGCUGCUCCUGCCCGCCCCGGCCAACACCCAGCGUGACAUCCAGCGGACGCUGCGGGAGCUGUGGAAUCUGCGCAUUCAUAAUGUCCUGAUUGGGCUGAGUGGAUCGGCGGACGCCGGCAGUGCGAGCCGCAUCGACCUGUACACCUACCGCCCGUACGGUGCCGAUGGGUGCUGCGAGUGCAUCCGGCCACGGGUCGUUGACCGGUGCGUGAAUGGCCGGCUGCAGCAGCACCGGGAGCAGCAAGCAGGAGCAGCAAACGGCACUGGCCAGGCACUGUACGUUCGGUUUGAGCGUAACUUCUACGGCUGUCCGCUCCGGAUCUCGAGCUUCGUGCGCGUCCCGUUCAUGCAGUUCGCCGUCGCCGCCGGCGCAGGACGGCCACAACUGUCCGGGAUCGAGGGUAAGCUGCUGGAGUUGCUGGCGGUCAAACUCAACUUCACGCCCAUCAUCGUCCAGCCACCGGAUGGGCAGAUUUGGGGUCGCAUUUACGCCAACGGAACGGCCGACGGUGCCAUGAAGCUGCUGCUGGACGGGACGGCGCACCUGACGCUCGGUGGGUACCUGCCGUACCCGGAGCUGCUGUCAAGGACGACGCAAUCGCGGAGCUACUACUUCAGCGAUAUCGUGCUGGCGGUGCGGGAAGCGCUCGCACCGCAGACCGGCGUCGGCCGGUUACUGCAACCGUUCCGUUGGCCCAUUUGGCUCCUGGUCGCCGCGGAGCUGCUGCUGGUGGGUGUGUGGUGCUGCUGUGGCCUGCUCCCGUGCCGCCUAGCCCUGGAUGUGUGGCGGGCCCUGAUCGGAGACUCGCUUCCGGUGCUGCCACGUCGCUCGGUCGCAAGGUUUCUGCUUGUGCUCUGGAUCAUCCACUCGACGCUGUUGCGCGAGUCCUACAAGGGAUCGCUGGUGGGUUACCUGACGGCCGCGACGCCGCUGGACGAUAUCAGCAGCAUCGAGGUGAUGCUGGCCGGUGGGUACCGGUUCGCGAUGACCGAGUGGCUGUACCACCGGAUCUUUGAGGGCUCCGGGACGCACCAGCUGGACGGGACGCACCUGCUGCUGUUCGAGGCAUCCGACGGGGAGCGGCUGCUCGAGAGCAUCCUGGCGAGCGGUGAGCGGAUCGCUGUGGCGUACACGCGCGAAGAGAUCAUCAAGUUCAACGAGCGGGACCGCUCGGUGGUCAACUUUCGGACGGCGGGCGAGAAGCUGCUGACGUUCCACUUCAGUGCGUACUUCAAGCGCUCCAGCCCGCUGGUGGGCGUGUUCAACUGGUACAUUCGCCGCAUCCUGGCCACCGGUUUCAUGUCCCGCUGGACCGCGGAAAACCUCGAUGCGCGCUUCCUGGUGCCGACCCUGGCCGACAGUGGCCAGGCGGAGGUGCUGCAGCUUACGCACCUGAGCAGCAGCUACCUGCUGCUCCUUGCCGGUCUGCUGCUGGCGUGCUGUACCUUUGCCAUCGAGCUGCUGAUGUUGCGCAUUGGCACUAGAAAUGGUUAG